AUGUCGUCGGCACCAGCAGCCCCAGGCGAACCACCCCUCCCAGCCCCCUGGAUCCGCCAGUGGGACCCGAACCACCAAGCACCAUACUACGUCAACCCGACCACCAACCCCGCGACAAUCCAGUGGGUCCACCCCGCCGAGCAGGCCGCCGCCGACGCCGAGGCCCAGAAGACCAAGAACAGCGUCAUCGGCACCGCCGUCGCCGAGCAGACGUGGGGUGCGCCCAUGGGCCCGUGGAAGCCUGCGCCGUCUGGCGGGGGCCAACAGCCGGCAACACCGCCUAGCACCGCCGUCGGCGCGACGUUCCCCUCUGGCGGCAGCGGUGGACCUGGCGGCCCGCUUCGCCCUGGCGCGCCCGGCGGCCCGCUCCCCACCACUGGGCCGGCCGGCGGGCCCAAGCCCCCCGGUUACGCGCCGCCCAACUUUGUCGCGCCGAGCGGACCGCCGCCGCCCGGUGUUGGGGGGCAGCCAGGCCCCGGUGGACCUGGCGGUCCCGGUGGUCCGGGUGGGCCGGGCGCCGCUCAGCCUCUCGCCCCGCAGCCGCAGCAGGGCGGCGCGGGCCUCGGCGCCUUCGGCUCCGUCGCGGCAGGGGGUGCCGCCGCUGCCGGCGUGCUCCUCCUCAACUCGCUCUUCAGCAAGGUGUGUUACCGUUCUUGCGGCGCUGACGGGCAGAAGGACGAUAAGAAGAACGCCGGCCACUCGAGCCACUGCUCCACGCCGAGCCCGCCGCCUGGCGGCCACGGGCAGCAGGGGUACGGCCGCCCACCUGGCCCCGGGUAUGGUCCUGGUCCCGGGUAUGGUCCUGGCCCCGGCGGCUUCGGUGGGCCUGGUGGACCUGGCGGCUUCGGCGGGGGACCUGGUGGACCCGGUGGGCCAGGCGGCUUUGGCGGCGGACCUGGGUUCGGCGGCGGCCCCGCACCCGGCCCAUACGGCGGCAACAACCACGGCGGCGGCGGGGGCUACGGCGGCAACAACGCUGGAGGUGGCUACGCCGGCAACAAUGUCGGCGGCGGCGGCGGCUACGGUGGGAACAACGGCGGUGGAGGCGGCGGUGGCGGUGGCAUCGCGUAUGGCGGUGGUGGUCAGUAUGUUGGUGGCUAUGGUGGCGGCAGCGGCGGGUAUGGCGGCGGGCGCUACUAG